AUCUGACUGAAUCAAGAUGCUGCUGAUCAUUGAAGCUCUUCUUCUCAUUUCAGCUGCUCUAGGAAAGCAUCUGCUCUUCACUGGAUCUACAAGAUCAUCUGAGGGAUCUGACUGAAUCAAGAUGCUGCUGAUCAUUGAAGCUCUUCUUCUCAUUUCAGCUGCUCUAGGAAAGCAUCUGCUCUUCACUAGAUCUACAAGAUCAUCUGAGGGAAUCAAGAUGCUGCUGAUCAUUGAAGCUCUUCUUCUCAUUUCAGCUGCUCUAGGAAAGGAUCACAGAGCUGCUGCUGUUAAAGUGAAGAUAUUUCCACUGGAUAUGGCACUGAAUUCAGUUGAUGAUCAAUAUGAGGGCUGUAGAGAGAAAAUGGCAGAACUGGUGGAGACAAAAUAUAUGAAGCGAGAAAUGUCUAACCCCGAAUCUGAUUUUGCACACGCUUGGAAACUUGCUGUAAAGAAUCACAAGCCACCAGGAGAGAACUUGAAAAAGAAACAUUCAAUUGCUAUUUAUGUGUACACGACUUCAGGUUUUGAGGUAUAUAAAAAGUUUAAUGAAGCUGAUCGUAAAGACAAGAGAGAAUACCAAAACCAAACAUACGAUUGGUAUUCACUUCACUUUCUGUUAACAGAAGCGGUACAGAUUCUGAACCAAACACAAAAUAAAUGCUAUGAUACUUAUCGUCGUACUAAAGUUGAAUUUGAUAAGGAUGUCCUGAACAAAGAGGUUCGUUUUGGCUCAUUUACUUCUUCCUCUAUUGAUCGUGAUAAAGGAGCAAAGAUUUUUGGAACUGUCUCUUGUUUUGAGAUCCACACUUGUGAAGGUGCUGAGGUGUCAGAAUAUUCCAAGCUUCCUCGUGAGAAAGAGGUGCUGAUUCCUCCGUAUGAGACGUUUAAUGUCACUGCUGUCAGAACAAGAAGACGUCAGAAAGAUCUCUGGUGUGACACUGUGUACACUUUGAAAAGCUCUGGUAAGAGAAGUGACCUCAACUGUGCUCUAUUCAAGAAACCAGCCAAGACCUUAACAAAAUACUAUGCUGAGUAUAGAAUAAUGCUUUAA